AUGUCUCCAAAUGGGUGGAAGCCAUUGCCAGCCCUACUAAUGACGCACAAGUGGUCAUCAAGAUGUUUAAAUCCAUCAUUUCCAAGGUUUGGAGUGCCUAGGAUAGUCAUAAGUGAUGGAGGUUCACAUUUCAUCAACAGAAUCUUUGCCAACCUUUUGAAGAAGCAUGGAGUACUCACAAAGUUGCCUCUCCUUACCACCCUCAAACUAGUGGACAAGUUGAGAUCUCAAACAGAGAACUCAAGAGCAUACUUCAGAAGACAACAGGAAGACAAGAAGGAUUGGAGUGCCAAACUAGAUGAUGCUCUAUGGGCAUACCGCACUGCCUUCAAAACACCACUUGGUACACCCCCUUUCAUCUUUUUAUGGUAA